AUCCGCGUCUCGCUCGCACCGACCGCGUCGCGUUGUGCCUCUGAGGUGCACUCGCUGUUCCUAUUAUUUUCGUGACGGGUAUUGCGCCGAAGCCGAUUCCCGCAUCCUCGCCCCGAGACGCGAGGUCCGGUCUCGCGGAGGCGACGACGGCGGCCGUUCGCAUCGCGCGCCAGUCCACGCCCGGUGACGACUGUCGCGCGGUUCGCGCCACCGACUCGACUCGUCAGCUCGCAAUCUCGCACUCGCGUGUCGGUGACGUUUCGCUCCGCCGCGGCAAUAAAACUGAAACUGUGGCUCGUCUCGUCGGUCAGUGUUCGGAUCGUGUCCUGGUGCGCUGAUGGUAUACGUGAAUGUGAAUGGGGUUCGGAGAGGAGUCGGAAGAUGCAUUUCAAGGAGUCGUUUGCGAUGAGCGAUCGUCCGAACGAACGCGGCCGGCGCAACUCCCGCUGCAAGGGCGCUGGCGUCAAGAUGGAGCACUUCCAGGCGGCGCUGGAUCCUCGCAAGCAGGAGCUUCUGGAGGCUCGCUUUCUGGGCGCCAAGGUGAGCACCGCGGGGGCCAUAUUAGUAGAAACUCAACGAGUCACCAACUUCAAGACGGUGAUGUCAGCUGGGUCACAAAUUCAGAUGGCACCACAAACUACUGUCAACACGGGGCAGCCACUACAUAAUCAGGACUCCAAUAUGAGCACAGGAUCCUCACAUAGUGAUAAAGAAGUGGAUGCUUUGACUCCUGAAAAGUCUGCUGCUAUGCGAGGAUCAAAUUCAGUUCCUGGCAGUGCUUUGGUGCCACCGAGCGGUGCCACGCCUACUAUAGCAAUGCCUGACAGAAAGAGGAAACGGAAAGGUGAAGAAGGCGUAGGCGGUGGUGGAGGGGGUGGCGGUAAACAAAGGCAUAAUUCUUCAGAUAAGAAUAUAAGAGAAUAUUUUUCAAAACACCCUUCGUCCAGUCCUGUUCGGCUUGCUGGAGCUAAGUCACCUUCGCCACAAGGCGCUAACUAUCCUAUGUACCCACCGUCACCUUCAUCAUUAUUGCCUACGGGAGACUUUUUACGUUCCGCCUCGCAACAGCGACCUCACACUUCUGUUAAACAGAUUCAAACAGAACUGACAUGUCAGAGGAUACAAGAGUUAGAAACUCAAGCUUCGUCUGACUUAGAAGUAAGAAAUAAUAGAAUAGAAGAAUUAACAAGAACUAAUGAAGACUUAAAACAUCAAGUUACUACCCAGAGCAAGGUUAUAGACCAGCAUAAAUCACAUAUAAAUAAAUGUAUAGAAGUGGUUAAGAAAUUAUUAAAUGAAAAAAGUUCUAUUGAAAAGAAGGAAGCGCGACAGAAAUGUAUGCAUAAUAGGUUAAGGCUUGGUCAGUUUGUCACCCAGAGAGUUGGAGCUACCUUCCAAGAAAACUGGACUGACGGACAUGCAUUUUUAGAACUUACAAGGCGGCAAGAAGAGAUAACAGCAGAAAAAGAGGAGAUAGAUCGUCAGAAGAAGUCCCUGCUGAAGAAGCGGCCGUCGAACAGUGAAGGCGGUGGCGGGCGCGGCAAGCGCACGUCGAGCGUGUCUGCGCCCACCACGCCGCAGCCGCAGCCUCUGCACAACGGCACGGACGCGCCCACCUUCCUCAAACCUGACCCCCUGCCCAGCAUGACGUUGCAGGAGUACUAUGAGGCUGAUGAAAUAUUAAAGCUAAGGCAAAGUGCCUUAAAGAAAGAAGAUGCAGAUUUACAAUUAGAAAUGGAGAAAUUAGAAAGGGAGAGAAACCUCCACAUUAGGGAACUGAAGCGGAUACAUAAUGAAGACCAAAGCCGUUUCUCACAGCAUCCUGUGCUCUCUGAAAGGUAUUUGCUACUAAUGUUGCUGGGCAAAGGUGGUUUCAGCGAAGUCCACAAAGCGUUUGACCUCGGCGAGCAGCGAUACACAGCAUGCAAGGUGCAUCAGCUGAACAAAGACUGGAAAGAGGACAAAAAGGCCAACUACAUCAAGCACGCUCUGAGGGAGUACAACAUUCACAAGGCUCUUGACCACCCUCGGAUUGUGAAACUUUAUGAUGUGUUUGAAAUAGAUGGAAACUCAUUUUGUACAGUUCUAGAAUACUGCAAUGGACAUGAUCUCGACUUUUAUCUCAAACAGCAUAAGACUAUACCUGAGCGGGAAGCGCGGUCUAUAGUGAUGCAAGUGGUGUCUGCGUUGAAGUACCUGAACGAGAUCAAACCACCAGUGAUCCACUACGACUUGAAGCCCGGCAACAUCCUGCUCACAGAGGGGAACGUCUGCGGGGAGAUCAAAAUCACAGACUUUGGGCUGUCCAAGGUGAUGGACGAAGAGAAUUAUAACCCUGACCACGGCAUGGAUCUCACCAGCCAAGGUGCUGGCACUUAUUGGUACUUGCCACCAGAGUGCUUCGUAGUAGGCAAGAACCCACCAAAGAUCAGUAGUAAGGUGGACGUGUGGAGUGUUGGUGUCAUUUUCUACCAGUGCCUGUACGGCAAAAAGCCAUUUGGUCACAACCAAAGUCAGGCCACUAUACUAGAAGAGAACACUAUACUGAAGGCGACUGAAGUGCAGUUUGCCAACAAACCUACAGUCAGUAAUGAGGCUAAGAGCUUCAUCCGGGCGUGCCUGGCGUACCGCAAGGAGGAGCGCAUCGACGUGUUCGGGCUGGCGCGGCACGAGUACCUGCAGCCGCCCAUGCCCAAGCCGCGCGGCGCGGCCGGCGGCGGCGCGGGCGCGGCCAGCGGCGGCGCGGCGGCGGGCGCGGCGCCGCAGGCCUUCAGCGCCGGCCUGUUCGCGGCGGGCUCGUCGUCCUAGCCGCGCCGCGCGCGCCCGCGCCGCCCGCGCCCGCCGCGCCCCUGACGCCGAGGCGCGCCCGCCCACCCCCCCCACAGUUGAAAGAACAUUCGCGACACUUGUAAAAUGACUAUAUCAUUUACGGAUUAAAUUGUUUAAGAUUAUGCUUACUGUUGACUGUAUUUAUUGAGCAGGUGAUAAAAUGUGAUUUUCCAUUUAUGAAUGGUUUCAUCUUUUUGUCACUAGAGAGCGUUCCUCGACAGGAAUGUCUCAAUCAUCAUAUUAUAUAAGUUAUCCCUAUUAAAAAAGUUAAAAAUA